GGCAGAGUUGCCAAGGAGACGUGAGCUGUGUAGCUAGCAGGCUGCUAAUCUCAGUUAGCUCCUGGGAGAAGAGGAUCUCCGUCGCCGCAUGUUUUUGUGUGAAGGGGCGUCUGUGACAUGGCGGAGCUGCAUGUUAUCGGCCAGAUCGUCGGGGCAAGUGGUUUCCCACAGAACAGCCUGUUUUGCAAAUGGGGGGUUCACACGGGAGGAGCAUGGCGGCUUCUGUCCGGGCUGAAGGAGGGUCAGACCCAGGUGGAUGUCCCCCAGACCGGAGACAUGGCGUUCUGGAGCCACCCGAUCGAUCUGCACUACGCGACCAAGGGAAUCCAGGGCUGGCCGAAGGUUCACCUCCAGGUGUGGCACCAGGACUCGUUCGGACGCUGCCAGUUGUUCGGGUACGGAUACUGCCACGUCCCGUCCAGCCCCGGACACCACCGGGUCCGCUGUGUGACCUGGAGGCCGCUCGGCUCCUGGCAGGAGCAGCUCGCACAGACGUUCGUGGGCGGAGGAGCCCAGCUCCGCAGCCCGGAGCUGGUCUACAGCGGAGCGGACAGAUACAGACUGCACACCGAGGCCAUGGGGACCGUGGAGCUGGAGCUCGGUGUUAUCAUGAGACACUUCGACAAAUAUGGCGUCGAGAGUUAAUGCAGUGAAAUGGAAGGGACUUUGUUAUUACUUUGUUAUGGACUGUGUGUCGUGCAGGGGGAGGAUCAUGUUGUUUUUAUCAGAGCUUUGUACUGUUUUCUAAAAUGCUUUUGUGUUUUUAUAUUCCAAGUAAAUAAAUAAAUCUAUUGUCUAAACUAA